AGCCCCGAGCCCCGAGCCGCGGCAGCCGCAGCGGGAUGGAGGCGGCGACGCGCACCGAGCGCCCCGCAGGCUGGCCCGGGGCGCCCCUCGCCCGGACCGGGCUCCUGCUCUUGUCGACGUGGGUCCUGGCCGGCGCGGAGAUUACUUGGGGCGCGACGGGCGGUCCCGGGAGCCCCGCGGCCGCCCGGGCUUCGCGGCCACCGGCGCUGCCGCUUCUCUCGCCGCGGGCAGUGGCGGCGAACUCGUGGCCCAGGGAGCUGGCGACGGCGCGGAGAGGCGCUGUUCUGGGGCGCCAGCCCAGACCCGAACCGCUGCCCCAGCCGAGAGGCGGCGGCCAGAAGAAGCCCGGAGCCGCCCGGGUGCCGUCGCCGGCGGACGCACCGUGGGGACCGGACAGCCCGGCUUUGGGCAAAGCUGGCGGCGCCAGGAGAAGUCGCCGCGCUCAGCCUCCCAGCGCCCUGGAACGCGGGGACACCCGGGCCACGGUCUUGGCCGAGGAUGCCCAAGGAAGCCGCCUUCUGGCCAAGGGUCUCCGGGAGGAGUUGAAGGCGCCGCGGGCCGGCGGGGCGGCAGCGGUAGAGGAGCUCCGGCUGCCCAGCACUUCGUUCGCGCUGACCGGGGACUCGGCCCACAACCAAGCCAUGGUGCACUGGUCGGGACACAACAGCAGCGUUAUACUGAUCCUGACCAAGCUGUAUGACUUCAACCUGGGGAGCGUGACAGAGAGCUCACUUUGGAGAUCAACAGAUUAUGGCACCACUUAUGAAAAGCUCAAUGACAAAGUGGGUCUGAAGACGGUCCUAAGUUACCUCUAUGUCAAUCCCACCAACAAAAGGAAGAUCAUGCUUCUUAGUGAUCCUGAAAUGGAGAGCAGUAUAUUGAUUAGCUCAGAUGAAGGGGCGACCUAUCAGAAAUAUCGUCUCACCUUCAAUAUCCAGAGUUUGCUCUUUCAUCCUAAGCAAGAGGACUGGGUGCUAGCCUACAGUCUGGAUCAAAAGCUCUACAGCUCCAUGGACUUUGGAAGACGAUGGCAGCUUGUCCAUGAACGUAUCACACCUAACAGAUUUUACUGGUCGGUGGCUGGACUGGAUAAGGAGGCAGACUUGGUUCACAUGGAGGUGCGGACCUCGGAUGGAUAUGCUCACUACCUCACCUGCAGGAUCCAGGAAUGUGCUGAGACAACUCGUAGUGGGCCUUUUGCUCGCUCCAUUGACAUCAGUUCUCUGGUUGUCCAGGAUGAGUAUAUCUUCAUCCAGGUAACAACUGGAGGAAGAGCUAGCUACUAUGUGUCCUAUCGAAGAGAGGCCUUCGCUCAGAUCAAACUGCCAAAGUACUCACUGCCCAAGGACAUGCAUAUCAUCAGCACUGAUGAGAACCAAGUAUUUGCUGCAGUCCAGGAAUGGAACCAGAAUGACACAUACAACCUCUACAUCUCAGACACGCGAGGGAUCUACUUUACCCUGGCAAUGGAAAACAUUAAAAGUAGCAGAGGUCUAAUGGGAAACGUCAUUAUUGAGUUGUAUGAGGUAGCAGGUAUCAAAGGGAUAUUUCUGGCAAACAAGAAGGUGGAUGACCAGGUGAAGACCUACAUCACCUACAACAAGGGCAGAGAUUGGCGUUUAAUACAAGCCCCAGACGUGGACCUAAGAGGAAACCCAGUCCACUGCCUUCUGCCAUUCUGUUCCUUGCACCUGCACUUGCAGAUUUCUGAAAAUCCAUAUUCCUCAGGAAGAAUCUCCAGCAAGAACACUGCCCCAGGACUCUUGGUGGCUACAGGCAACAUUGGUUCGGAGCUGUCAUAUACUGAUAUUGGUGUGUUUAUCUCUUCUGAUGGAGGCAAUACAUGGAGACAGAUCUUUGAUGAAGAGUACAAUGUCUGGUUCCUAGACUGGGGUGGCGCCCUCGUGGCCAUGAAACACACACCUCUGCCUGUUAAGCAUUUGUGGGUGAGUUUUGACGAGGGCCACUCCUGGGACAAAUAUGGUUUCACUUCAGUUCCUCUCUUUGUUGAUGGUGCUCUGGUGGAAGCAGGAGUGGAGACCCAAAUCAUGACAGUUUUUGGCCACUUCAGCCUUCGCAGUGAAUGGCAGUUGGUGAAAGUGGACUAUAAAUCUAUCUUCAGUCGGCACUGCACCAAGGAAGAUUACCAGACCUGGCACCUUCUCAACCAGGGGGAGCCUUGUGUCAUGGGAGAAAGAAAAAUAUUCAAGAAACGCAAACCUGGAGCUCAGUGUGCCCUUGGUCGAGAGUCCUCUGGGACAGUGGUCUCAGAACCCUGUGUCUGUGCUGACUGGGACUUUGAGUGUGACUAUGGCUAUGAGAGACACGGAGAGACCCAAUGUGUCCCAGCUUUCUGGUAUAACCCAGCAUCCCCAUCAAAAGAUUGCAGCCUUGGUCAAAGCUACUUGAAUAGCACUGGGUACCGGCGGAUUGUUUCCAAUAACUGCACAGAUGGACUGAGGGAAAAGUACACUGCCAAGGCUCAGAUGUGCCCUGGGAAAGCCCCUCGGGGUCUUCAUGUGGUGACAACUGAUGGGCGCCUGGUUGCAGAGCAGGGCCACAAUGCAACCUUCAUCAUACUCAUGGAGGAGGGUGAUCUCCAAAGGACAAACAUCCAGCUUGACUUUGGGGAUGGGAUUGCUGUGUCUUAUGCUAACUUCAGCCCUAUUGAGGAAGGCAUCAAGCACAUAUACAAGAGCGCAGGGAUCUUUCAGGUGACAGCCUAUGCAGAGAACAACCUGGGAUCUGACACAGCUGUUCUCUUCCUGCAUGUGGUUUGCCCUGUGGAACAUGUUCAUCUCCGAGUUCCGUUUGUUGCCAUAAAAAAUAAAGAAGUCAACAUCAGUGCAGUUGUGUGGCCCAGUCAGCUGGGGACCCUUACCUAUUUCUGGUGGUUCGGAAAUAGCACCAAGCCUCUCAUCACCUUGGACAGCAGCAUUUCCUUCACAUUCCUUGCAGAGGGAACCAAUACCAUCACUGUACAGGUGGCAGCAGGAAAUGCCCUAAUCCAAGACACAAAAGACAUUGCAGUUCACGAAUAUUUUCAAUCCCAACUCUUAUCAUUCUCUCCUAACUUGGAUUACCACAAUCCUGAUAUUCCUGAGUGGAGGCAAGAUAUUGGUAAUGUCAUCAAGCGAGCUUUGAUUAAAGUAACUAGUGUCCCAGAAGAGCAGAUUCUGGUGGCUGUGUUUCCUGGACUUCCCACUUCAGCUGAACUCUUUAUCCUCCCUCCCAAGAACCUGACAGAGAGGCGGAAAGGCAAUGAAGGUGACCUGGAACAAAUUGUGGAACUGCUGUUUAAUGCCUUGAAUCAGAACUUGGUCCAGUUUGAACUGAAGCCAGGGGUUCAGGUCAUCGUGUAUGUCACACAGCUGACUUUAGCUCCUUUAGUGGACUCCAGUGCUGGACACAGCAGCUCAGCCAUGCUUAUGCUACUAUCAGUGGUAUUUGUUGGCUUGGCUGUGUUUCUGAUCUACAAGUUUAAAAGGAAAAUUCCCUGGAUUAACAUCUAUGCUCAAGUUCAACAUGACAAAGAGCAAGAGAUGAUUGGAUCAGUAAGCCAAAGUGAAAAUGCCCCUAAAAUCACACUCAGUGAUUUCACUGAACCUGAGGAACUGCUGGACAAAGAGCUGGAUACCCGGGUGAUUGGAGGCAUUGCCACCAUUGCAAACAGUGAAAGCACAAAGGAGAUUCCCAACUGCACUAGUGUUUAAGACCAACAGUCAUGUGGUUUACCAUCUUUCUGAAUUUUUAAUUUUAAUGACGAUGAUUACUAUAAUUAUUGAAAAAUGAAAAUGUCUUUUUUUACCUUUUGUUUAGGAAGGGCCCCUUCAUACAAAGCAGUUAGAGGCUUGGCUUUGGGAGACAAGCGCAUUCUUAGAUGAUUAAAAUGAGGGAAAACCCAUAAAUGGUGAUAUUUCUGCUAAAAACAAAGAAUGAAUCUUUCCAUGGCCUUCUUGCUUUAUUCUGCCACAGAUAGAGCAGGAGAUUCUUUUUAUGAGUGGUUUGUUUUUUUUCUUUUUCAGUCAGGUUGGUUUUCCAUUAACUCUCCAUAUACCCUAUAGCACCAACAGUUCUCCUCAGCAUAUGCUCCUUCCAUCCAAACCAUUUCCCAGUUAGAUCUGCAGAAGACAGGUUGAUGGGGAGUGACCAUAGUCUACAGAAAGCUUGCACAUCUUAAUGAGAGGCUCUGCCUUGUGCAUGUCCAUAGUGAGGCUGCAGAUGGCUUAUUGUAUAUACUUACCAUGUAAAUAGCUUUUUAUUUCCUAAGAAAUAAUUUAAUGUUUAGUAAAAAAGAAAACAGAAAAAAGAAAGAUGUGUGUGUGGGGCUUAUGCACUCAUCCUCAGAGCUGACCAAUCCCCCAGGCCUGCUUGAAAUGUUGGGUUCUGGAUGCUCUCCAGUUGUCUGUCACCCUUAACUCUUGCAUUUCUGUGUCCACUUCAUAUCUGGUUUCUACUUAUGUAUAUAAUG